CCUAUCAUUUACAAUCUGCUGAUAAAUCUACUUGGUCUGGAAGACUAUCAGGUAAGGCUGGUUUUGGUGAACACCACAUGUCUUUGGUACAGCAUCCUGCAAUGGCUUUGGAGUGAUCUGAAGUUAGGUGACAUCUCUCAUACGGGCCGUGAGCGUUCCCACUCGGUGACCAUCCCUUACCUACACUUCUUUCGUUGUAAACUGCCAUGGGUCACUCCUUCAGGCUGCCAAUCUGGAGCAUAAACCAGGCAGGAGCAGCUCGGUCACCUGCAGCAGUCGACGUGGCUCGUGUGCCUGUCGGUAGCCUUUGUGUGGUUCCAGCACUGCCUGCGCACCGACUGGAUGAGCCUCCCUCAGGAGGACCAGAAUGACCUUUUUUUUGUGCAUAAAUGUCCUAAGCAUUACACUUUGGACUCUCAGCUGCUCUUUGGCCAGUGAGUCCUGAAUUACUUCCUGCAGAGCAAACAGCCUCAAAAGAAGGCACAUGCAGAGUCCCCUUCACAGCAACAGAAAUCUCCUUUAAAUUUAUCAGAAGUCUUGACAUCUGACGACUGGGAACUCCCACCCAUUGAAUGCGGUGGCUUUGACCACAUGUCCAUUUCCCUGCUGUUUUAUUUAUCUUCGAUGCUGCCAGCACCAUUGAAUCACGAUUCCUUACCCCCUCUCCUCUCUGAGGUUUUCCUUCCUCCCUCAGGAAUGCAAACCCAGUGUUUCAGAGCAAAAUAGCAUUUCAGUCCUACCCAGUUAAGCUCUAGAUUGCAUGCUGUAAUAGCAGUGCAGAAAUAGGAGGGGUGAAUGAAUGAAGUUUAAAUGAUGGCUUAAAAACAGGCUGUUACAAGCAGAAAGUAACAUGGAACAUGGAAUGACUGCUAAAUCGAUGUUCUCUCUUCGAGUAACCCAGAACUGCUACCGCGGGACCAAUUUUCAGCUUUCCUCCUCAGAUUGCCUCUCUUGUAUUGUUCAGCAAGUGAAAUGGCCUCUGUCCUUUGAGGUCUCAGCCUUGUGCUUCCCACCUCUGGCCAUCAGUCAUUGUAGAUUAUUUUCUACCGUCACUCCUGACUUCAUCACGGCUAUGAGACAGCGGGGCGUGCUCCGGCUGACUGCUUUGCACCACCAACCACUCAGGUUAGCGGUGGCUUGCAAAAAAAGGACGCUUGGGCAAGACGGGGUUAGCAUAGCAUCGAGGUGAGGCACGUCUGGCAACAGAGAAGAGAAUUACAGUGGUGGCACAUCUGGUCCAGCUGUUCCCACCUGCCAGCAGGGUCCCAGUGGCUGUGGUUACCCAGAGCAAGCUGACGACUUUGCUAAAUGGUGCUGGAAUCGCACCAAGACACAGCUCCCCUGGGAUCAGGGAGCCAUGUUAAUGUCUUCUCCCCUCCUUUCUCCCCGUCCCACACAUGCGCUUCUGUGCUGACGUGCAGAUGUGAACGUGGGCCAUAGGCUUCCUAAAAUGAGAAAAUCGAAACAUGAUAGCGGCUCUUCUAGAUAUUGGAUUUUCAGAGAAUAAUUCACUGCUUCCCUCAGAGGUGGCUGGGGUAGGCAGUCAGACGGGGCUAUAUAUGGACACAGAUGGGCACUUUGGGAAUAUGUGGGAUAGAUGCUACACAGCCUGCUAUCUGUGAUCCUCAUGAUUGAAUACUAAACGGCCUCCUGGAAGCUGCUGGUGGACGACAGUAAAAGCUUCCUGAGCUUCUUGCCAAGAGUGAAAGCAAUCAGAUGAGGGCCUUCAUCUUCAGCUCCUGCGUGUUUUGGCAGGGAGGUGUAAAGGAAGAACAGGGUGGCGGAGAACCAAACCCCAUUCUUUGCAAAAACAUUGGCAUUUCUGCAUUUGUUUUCUGCACACUAUUGCUUUUGCGAGGCAGAUUUGUUUUGCAUUUCACACAGAGCAAAUACGCUGAAAUACACAAACGCGCUGGAGGAUUCCUUGCAUUUAGCCAGCACAGUUUGCUUGGAAAUCUCAAUCCAGAAUAUCCAGAAACUAACCAAAGCAACAUGCAAAGCCGUCAGAUGCGGCAUUCCCAGGCUUUGUGUGAAUGUGCAGUGCUAACCUUUGGCAGUCUCGCUGUGCUCAGCCUUAAAAAUGAGCAGAAACGUGAGGGUGCUUGUCCCUGGGCCAAGGGCCACUGGGCCAGUGCAGCGUGCCCUGGGGGAAGCCGAAGCGCAGAGAAAUCCAGAAGCUGCUGAGGGGACAAGGGAGGAUUCGAGGCCCUGUGGCAGCAAAAGGCCAGCUCGGGUUGGCUCCUCAGAAGUUGGUUUUAGCUCAUUUUGAGUAAUGCCUUGCUGCGGGAGGCUCUGUGAGCAUGGGUGUGAGCGGCUAGUGUGCAACGCACGGCUGGAUGUAUAAGGGCAGGAAAUCAUCUGGACGUCAGCGCAGACAACACCGCUGGCAUUCCCACACGUCCGUUGUCAUGAAUUCCUGCCCCGCAGUGCCCGUAAACACCAUUGUGCUGUUCAUCUGCCGCAUUUGCAGCAGCAGCAGCAGGGAGAUUUCCCCUGAAAUGGAUUGCUGACCCAGCGGCCGGCCGGACAAUGCAGCGAGCGCGGCACAAAGCCCGCCUUCCAGAAGGCCGUCGCACAAAGCCGAAAGCCCCGUCCGAGCCCCAACCUGCUGGGCUCGGCACAUCCCUCCCGCCAGUGCGGGGCCGGCGGCGGGGCUGAGUGGGCCGCAGCAGCAGCAUGCCCUUGCCGAGGCGCCGGUCGUCCUUCUUGGGGCAGCAGCCCCCUGCCUCCGCAACGGAGAGCGCGGCGGGGCCCGGGCGCCGCGUGAGCGUGGGGGGCCUGUCGAGACCCCCCGGCGUCUACGUGGGCUCCGUGCCCACCGGAGGAGUGAGCAGCUUGGGCACCCGCGUGUCCCGCCGAGCCCUGGGCAUCAGCAGCGUCUUCCUCCAGGGCUUGCGCAGCUCCUGCUCUGCCGUGCCCCUGGCUGCGGGGCUGGAGAAGGGCAGGGCGCUCUCCUACGAGAGCCUGAACGGCUGCCUGGUGGAGUACAUCGAGAAGGUGCGAGCCCUCGAGCAGGUCAACCAGGAGCUGGAGGAGCACAUCCGAGUCUACCUGGACAAGAAAUCCUCCAGCGUGGGCAGCUGGGGAGCGCUGCGGGAGAGCUGGGAGGCCAUCUACCACCAGGUGGGUGAAGCGGUCCUUGAAAAUGCCCGUCUCAUGCUGCACACCGAGAACAUUCAAGCCUGUGCUGAAGACUUUAAAGACAGGUAUGAAAAUGAGCAGCCAUUCAGAAAGGCAGUGGAAGAUGAAAUUAAUUCCCUUUAUAAAGUGAUUGAUGAUGCUAAUUUAACUAAAAUGGAUCUGGAGAGUCAGAUAGAAAGCAUGAAAGAAGAGCUGACUUUGCUGUCAAAGAAUCAUGAAGAAGACGUGAAGGUAUUGUACAAACAGCUUGCUGGAUCUCAGCUGGAAGAACUCGAUGUUCCCCUGGGAAGUGGCCUGGACAACAUACUGGAAAAAAUCAGAAUCCACUGGGAGAGAGACAUCGAAAAGAAUCGUGCUGAGACGGGUGCCCUGCUCCGUACCAAGCAACAGGCUGAAGCAACAGCUGCAGUGCGAAGCCAGGAGGAAGAACUGGUGGAGGGCCUCAGAACCGAGUUCCAUGAAACUGCCUGCAAAAUACAGAGCUUGCAGGCUGAAACUGAAUCCUUGAGAACCUUGAAGAGGGGUCUGGAGAACUCCUUAUACGAUGCCAAGCACUGGCAUGACAUCGAACUGCAGAACCUAGGCUCUGUCAUUUCCAAGCUGGAGGCAGAGAUUGCAGAAAUCAAAGCAGAAACUGAGCAGCAGCAGCAGGAUCGUGAAAAUCUGCUGACCAACAAGCAACAGCUGGAGAAAGACAUUGCUGCAUAUCACUGCCUUCUGGAUGGAGAGCAAAGCAGCUGAUUAUGAAAUUCCCAGCCCACAGAAGACCAUUGCCAUUCAAAGCAAAAGAAGAUGUCACUGCUAAGUAUGUUCAUGGAAGCUAAAAACCCAUCAAAGCAGCCUGCUUUACUCAGUUUGAUUCAACAGUUGAAGUAGGUUGUAGCUUGAACAACUUUAUUAGACCCUCUUCAUGUAAUUGCUUUGCUUAAAGAUUUCAAUUUACUCAUGUUGUUAAAAUUAUAAUAAAAAUAAAGAAUAUCAGCUUUUUUGUUUGUCUUUUUUUUCUUUCAGUAUUUUUCAUGAUAGCUGAGGGGAGCUACAGUAAUAGCAUAGGACCUUCACUUUCCAGCAAGUAAACUUAUUCUUUUUUGGUAUAAAUUCAUUAAGACUGAACUACUCCUCCACUGUGCAAACAGCACUAAUGGCAAGUGCUCUGCUGUGUCACAAGACCAGCAGCUCAUUAGCGCGAAACGUAAUUCAAAUAAGGAUAAAGCAGUUAAACUUAAAUGACAUCAACUUGAUGCAAUUAAUUUUGCAAUAAGUAAGUCAGCAAAAGCAGUAAUGCAAACACCCCAGCAGCACUCAGCAAACAUAUUUUAACUCUAGACUAAACUUUUGGAAAAGCUGAAGGUGAAGGAGAGCGACAGCAGUUCUGUCUGCUGCCUAGGUCA